UUUAACACUUUCACUUUUAACCCUAAAUAGAAGAACAAAAAGCCAGAGGCAUCGAGCAUGGAGAAGAAGCAGAAAAGCAUUGACAACCUCCCUCAUGACCUGAUUCACAGAAUCUUCCUCAGAGUUCCGGCUAAACAUCUCGCUCCCCUCAGAUGCGUUUCGAAGCUCUGGUACUCUCUAAUUUCCGAUCCACAAUUUGCGGAAUUGCAUUUUCAGUACUCUCCCGCAGCCACCGACGUAUUCAUCUUCAUAAAAGGCCGCACUGUCGCUUUCUUAGAACCACUAUUUAGUGACAACAAUGAUGCAUCGUUACAAGUAAAAAAGGUGUGGUCCCCUUUCAAGAAGGAACAAUCAGCUUCUGAUUUUGAGGUCCUGGGCUCGUGCAAAAGCUUUGUUCUCUUACAUCGAAACCCACAUUUUUUUGUAGUAUGGAACCCACUUACUGGAUCCAGCAAAAGAAUAUCCUACUCUUGUAUUGUUUCUCGUUGUAAGCACAAGGACAUUAGGCUUCCCUGCAAGUUCCAUCUCUAUGGACUUGGUUAUGAUGCUUCACAGGAUGACUACUUACUUGUUGUAGCUUGGCAGGAUAAGGAUGACCAUUAUCACUUGGAUUACUUUUCCUUGAGAACCAAUUCAUGGAUUAAUCUUGAUGCUGCACUCUUCAAACUCUUGGGUGUUUUUGACUGCAAUUCUUGUGGGGUGUUCUUGAAUGGUGCUAUUCAUUGGGUGCCUUACCCUCUUACAGCUUACAGGGAUGCUAUUAUUAUCUUUGAUAUGAAGGAGAGGACUUUCUCAAGGAUAUCUGGGCCGGAAAAACUUGUAAUGAGUUCAUGCUCCUAUUCAAGUCUUGCCCUACUAGGAGGCUGCCUGGCCUUGUAUUAUAAUGAUAGCUAUAACACUCACAUAUGGGUGAUGAAAGAAUAUAAAGUGCACUCAUCUUGGACUCUCUAUAAGAUAAGCACAUUCGGUCAGCCAUUGUGCCUAUCCAGUAAUGGUGAUAUUAUUGGAAGAUAUUAUGAUGAAAGAGGCAAUGGCAGAGGAAGAGGGUACUUCAAAUACAAUGUCAGAAGAUACCUGCCCAAGCAUUUUGAAAGUUUUAUUUGUCCGCUUCCAACCAGUACCGUUACUGUGUAUACAGAGAGUCUCUUGCCACUCCCUACUGACAAUAAGGAUAAGGAUAAUCGGCUAUCAGAAUCAGAAUGAUGUCAAACACUGAAAGAGAAUUAGGACAGAAUGACUGCACAGCAGAGACACUUAAUUCUGUUGCAAAUAAAGUGUAGGAUUGACAAAUUGAGCUGAAAGAAGCUUCUAGAGAAUUUGAUUUUAUUUUGGCUUUGCUUUAAUGUAUGAUUUCCCUUCCAACUAUGAAUGUGAAAAACUGGAACAUUUGAAUGUGCAAAUAUAGCUUCCGCUAGUUGAAUCCAAUCUGCUAUUACUUUGAGAUUAAUGUGAAAGUACUGAGCAAGAUGCAUUAUGCAUCGUGUUGCAUU